CUCGGCGUGAUUCUUGUCCUUGCCUAUCCUCACAGAACACCAUUCAUGUUCACAUAUGUUUGGCCGUAUCGCACCUUCGAACCGGUUUCUUCCUUGGUUCAACAUGCUGAGCCUUGCCGAUUUUCCGCUUGUGCUGAAGAAUCGCUCCUGUCGGCGUCAGAGUACCUCAUACUGGUGGCGGCCUGGUUGAUACGUCUUAAUGAACUUCCUUUUGCGAUCACAUCUCCACCCUAAGUUUCCAUUGAAGCAUUUAUCAACCACUUCCAGAACGACAUCGACCACCACGAUGCGGAGUAUUAUCAACAACCGCUCUCACUUGGCAUCGAUGCCCUACACGCACUGUCGCACGCGGAUAGUCGAUCUGCUCGACCUCGACAUCCCUGAACACGCAACUGAUGAGGAAUACCGCGCCAUCUACCUUCAGUACAUCCUCUGGCCACCCCCAAGCAAAAUUGAGAAUGCGACCCUGCUCCGGGAUGCUGUUGAAUCCAUAAAACAGGGCAUUGCCCCCCCAGUAGCCUUUCCCACGGAAACCGUUUACGGUCUUGGCGCGGACGCGACUAAUGAGCCCGCAGUUUCAGGGAUCUUUGCAGCCAAAGGUCGACCCAGUGAUAACCCUCUUAUCGUUCAUGUCUCGAGCAUCAAGCACCUGGAACGGGUCACAGGGGAGCCGUUGCCGGAAAUAUACGUGCCAGUAGCAGAAAAUUUUUGGCCUGGUCCUCUGACGAUCCUCCUCCCGGUGCCAUCAUCUGGGAUCUUUGCAAGAAACGUUCACCCUUUCCAGUCGACCAUUGGAUUCCGGAUCCCGUCGUCGAAAUAUGCUCGCUUCUUCAUCGCGGCAACUGGGAGACCUAUUGCGGGUCCGAGUGCGAAUUCUUCCGGGAAGCCAAGUCCCACGACAGCGCAACAUGUUCUGGAGGAUUUGGACGGAAAGAUCAAUUUCAUAUUAGAUGGAGGAGGCUGUGAGGUGGGUGUGGAGAGCACGGUUGUGGAUGGGCUCCACGAUCCGCCACUGAUCUUGAGGCCGGGGGGUGUGGGCUUGGAGGAGCUGAGAAGCCUUGGGGCAGAAAUGGGUAAUAAAUGGGAGAGGACGGCGAUCGGAUACAAAAGACAUUCUACAGGACCCGCUGAUGGCUCAAGAAAUGAUGGCUCAAACACGACCACGACCCCCUCGACGCCAGCGUCUAUGAACGGGUCUACUAUUGGGGUUUCUGCAUCUUCGGCCAAUGCGAGCGUGGCUCAUUUUGACGGCGCCAUUAGCUACGAAGAUGAUGUCAACGGUGCACCUCGCGCUCCGGGGAUGAAGUAUCGACACUAUGCGCCAAUAGGCCGACUGGUUCUGUUUUCCGAGGACGCCGUGCGGGACGGUCGCGUGCCGGACAAACUGGAUGAGCUGGUUGGGAAUUGGCGGUCACGUUUCGAUGUGGAUGGACAGGGGAAAUCCCACGAAAUCAGGGGUGGAAUCAUCUCCUGUCACUGGCCUGCCUUUGCCGGGCUGCAAGUCAACGAGGUCUCUUCGAACGGCUCGUAUUCCAGCACCAGCAGGGAAGAAACCCCUCAAGCCGCCCUUUUAGACGCAGUACCGAAUUCCGUCUAUGCGCCAAUCACCUCGAUCGCGACAACCACCGGGAAAAACACCAACGUCACGUUAUACGACGUUAACCUCGGCCCCGACAUUGCCUCCCUGGCACACUCGCUAUUUGGGGUCCUGAGACUGUUCGAUGAGCUGGGCUGCGCCUUCAUCUUCGCCGAGACCGUCCAGCGAACUUCGAACUCCUCCAUGCCUCCAUCGAGCCACCCUGCCGCCUUGACGAACGGCCAACUGCCGGCCGGACGACAAGAAACCAGACACACGCGCCGGGAUCUCGAGGACGCAGUGAUUGAUCGGAUCGAGAAGGCCGCCGCCGAGAGGGUGGACUGAAGCUCAACCCGGCCGAUCGACCCGUUUGCUAGACAUUUCUUCUCUUCAUGCCGCUCGCUUACCGCGACCCGCGGGCUCCAUUGUCAAAUGUAUCCUACCAUUUCUGACUUUUCGCCCGUCCUAGAAUCAAGAGCAUACUCAUAGACGGCCCGAAGCCACGGCCCACUCGAGGAGAGCAGAGGCGUGUGAAGUAUAUAAGGAGAAGUAGACAAUGGGUAGAGCCAUAAUCAAGCGACGCCGGUGGCGGCACUUUCCUCUACUCCCGAUAGGUCACUGGUGACAGAAAUGGGCGUCUGGGACUACAUAACUACCCACCUUUCACCUAUUUUACACAGGUAGGACAGGGCAGGAUGUGUCUCCACGAGAGACCUGGUCCCUCUGCCUGCACUGUGCAAGACGGAUUUGUUUCAGUGGGCAAAGAGCGUGCCGCUCGUGGAGUUGGGAAGGCUACGAAAGCGUGCGUCUUGAUGCAUACAUGCAACUACACAUGUAGUCAAAAGUAUAUCCAUGUCGGUGGAGAGAUAUAGCUCGGCGGUAUUUUGCGGGAUUCAGUUCAUGCACAUGACAGAGAGCAGCAAGGUGCAGAGCACAUCUAUGGUAUUCCCUUCCUAGACGGGUAUAAAAUCGACGAGGC